GCCGCAGAGAGCUCGCUCCUGUUUUCGGCUCCUAGCACGCCCGCGGACACCUCAUCCAACCUCGCGGUGAGCUCCCCGCUGCCUCCGCGCCCCGGCCGGGCUCCCGGUCCGCACCCACCUCCGUCUCGCCGGGGCCGGCGCUCGCCUCGGGCGGCCGCCGGGGAAACCGGCGCGGGGCGCGGGAGCCCGCUACCGGCUUGCUGCUGGGCGGCCGCGAUCGCAGGGGCCGGGCGCCCCGAAACCGGCGCCGCUUUCGUUUGCUCUUUGCAAAGAUUGUAAUGGUGGGAAAAGCGCCUUGGCGGCCCCGAAGCCAGGCGGGCAGGGCGCUGGGUCCGAGGGACGCCGAGGAGAGGCGCACCCUGCUCGCGCGGCGCGGCGCCUCCAGCCGGCUGGGCAGAGGACUCGGGGAGGUGCGCGCGGAGCGCGGGCGAGGUGAUUGAUGGCGGAGCGAGGGGGCGAGCCCGGCGCGGGCUUCCGCCGGCGGCGGCCCCUUCCCCUGGAAGAGGCGCGGGUGGCCGGGGUUCCGGGGGACGGGCGGGGCGCGGGGGACCUAGUGCGUGGUUUUGAGUUAGUGAGAGUCACGACUUCUUACAUCGUCCAAACUCUCCAGAUGGUUUCCCCAGACCCCCAAAUUAUCGUGGUGGCCCCCGGGGCUGAACCCGAGUCUACGCAAGUCCAACGCACUGAGGACGGGGAAACCAUUAUCCGGAUAUUUUGGGUGGGCCCCAAAGGCGAGCUGCUUAGACGCACCCCGAUGAGCUCGGUCACGCAGACCCCGAUGGAGCUCCCGGUGGGGAAGUCGACGCUGGUGCUACUCACUUUCUUGGCCUUCGCCUCGUGCUGCUUUGCUGCUUACCGCCCCAGUGAGACCCUGUGCGGCGGGGAGCUGGUGGACACCCUCCAGUUUGUCUGUGGGGACCGCGGCUUUUACUUCAGACUUCCAGGCAGGCCGGCCAGCCGCGUGAACCGCCGCAGCCGUGGCAUCGUGGAAGAGUGCUGCUUCCGCAGCUGCGACCUGGCCCUUCUGGAGACCUACUGUGCCACCCCCGCCAAGUCCGAGAGGGACGUGUCGACCCCUCCGACCGUGCUUCCGGACAACUUCCCCAGAUACCCCGUGGGCAAGUUCUUCCACUACGGCACCUGGAUGCAGUCCGCCCAACGCCUGCGCAGAGGCCUGCCUGCACUCCUGCGUGUCCGCCGGGGCCGCAUGUUUGCCAGGGAGCUUGAAGCCUUCAGAGAGGCCACGCGUCACCGGCCCCUGAUGGCACUGUCCACCCACGACCCCGCCGCCCACGGGGCUGCCUCUCCAGAGGUGUCCAGCAAUCGGAAGUGAGCCAAAUCGUUGGUCGUAAUUCUGCGAAAUGGCCCCACCCUCCACGCGCUCUCCUCUUGACCAGGGACCUUUCCACCAGGUCCUCCUCUGAAACCUCUCUGCGCCGUCUGCCUCAG